CGCCGCCCCCUCCCCUCCCCCUCCCGGGCGCGCGCGGAGCUGGUUUUCCGGGUUCCCCUGGACGGAGCUGGAUCCUGCAGCUCGCCAAGGCAGGAAGUGAGUUUCGCACGGCAAUUCCGGGCGGUGUCACGAGUGAAAAGUUUUUUUUCGGUGGAGAUCCUAGUUGGGGCUGGGAAACUCCUGCAAAACUCGAGACCAGGAAGCCAGCCCGCAACCCAGCCCCCACCAGAGCCACCUACUCUCCAGUCGCGGGAGGCCAUCCACAUCCGCUCUCACCGGGGAGAGAAACUCGGCUGGAUCCGAAGUGACUAAUGAAGGGAAGGAAAUCAUGUCAAGCGAAGCCUUGAGAAAGCUGCCCUGAGACGCUGUCCGACCGAAAGAAUGUUGGCUCAAUUAAGAAGCAUCAGGGAAAUAAAUUCAACCAAGUGUGUCUAAAAAUGACUACAAAACGAAGUUUGUUUGUGCGGUUGGUACCUUGUCGCUGUCUACGAGGGGAAGAGGAGACUGUCACUACUCUUGAUUAUUCUCAUUGUAGCUUGGAACAGGUUCCCAAAGAGAUUUUUACUUUUGAAAAAACUUUGGAAGAGCUCUAUUUAGAUGCUAAUCAGAUUGAAGAGCUUCCAAAGCAACUUUUUAAUUGUCAGUCUCUACACAAACUGAGUUUGCCAGACAAUGAUUUAACAACAUUACCAGCAUCUAUUGCAAAUCUUAUCAAUCUCAGGGAACUGGAUGUCAGCAAGAAUGGAAUACAGGAAUUUCCAGAAAAUAUAAAAAAUUGUAAAGUUUUGACAAUUGUGGAGGCCAGUGUAAACCCUAUUUCCAAGCUCCCUGAUGGAUUUUCUCAGCUGUUAAACCUAACCCAGUUAUAUCUGAACGAUGCUUUCCUUGAGUUCUUGCCAGCUAAUUUUGGCAGAUUAACUAAACUCCAGAUAUUAGAACUUAGAGAAAACCAAUUGAAAAUGUUGCCUAAAACCAUGAAUAGACUGACCCAACUGGAAAGAUUGGAUUUGGGAAGUAAUGAAUUCACAGAAGUGCCUGAAGUGCUUGAGCAACUAAGUGGAUUGAAAGAAUUUUGGAUGGAUGGUAAUAGACUGACUUUUAUUCCAGGGUUUAUUGGUAGUUUGAAACAACUCACAUAUUUGGAUGUUUCUAAAAAUAAUAUUGAAAUGGUUGAAGAAGGAAUUUCAGCAUGUGAAAACCUUCAGGACCUCCUGUUAUCAAGCAAUUCACUUCAACAACUGCCUGAGACUAUUGGUUCAUUGAAGAAUGUAACAACUCUUAAAAUAGAUGAGAACCAAUUAAUGUAUCUACCAGACUCUAUAGGAGGGUUAAUAUCAAUAGAAGAACUGGAUUGUAGUUUCAAUGAAGUUGAAGCUUUGCCUUCAUCUAUUGGGCAGCUUACUAAUAUAAGAACCUUUGCUGCAGAUCAUAAUUACUUACAGCAGUUACCCCCCGAGAUAGGAAGCUGGAAAAAUAUAACUGUGCUGUUUCUCCAUUCUAAUAAACUUGAGACACUCCCAGAGGAAAUGGGUGAUAUGCAAAAAUUAAAAGUUAUUAAUUUAAGUGACAAUAGAUUAAAGAAUUUGCCCUUUAGCUUUACUAAACUACAGCAAUUGACUGCUAUGUGGCUCUCAGAUAAUCAGUCCAAACCCCUGAUACCUCUUCAGAAAGAAACUGAUUCAGAGACCCAGAAAAUGGUGCUUACUAACUACAUGUUCCCUCAGCAGCCAAGGACUGAGGAUGUUAUGUUCAUAUCAGAUAAUGAAAGUUUUAAUCCUUCGUUGUGGGAGGAACAGAGGAAACAGCGGGCGCAAGUUGCAUUUGAAUGUGAUGAAGACAAAGAUGAAAGGGAGGCACCUCCCAGGGAGGGAAACUUGAAGCGAUAUCCAACACCGUACCCAGAUGAGCUUAAGAAUAUGGUCAAAACUGUUCAAACCAUCGUGCAUAGGUUAAAAGAUGAAGAGAGCAGUGAAGACUCUGGAAGAGAUUCGAAACCACAUGAAGAUCAGCAAGUUGUAAAUAAAGAUAUGGGUGUGAAGACUUCAGAGAAUACGACACCAGUAAAAAACAAAGUUGAUGAAAGAGAAAAGCAUAUGAUAGGAAACUCAAUACAGAAGAUCAAUGAGCCUGAAGCUGAGAUCACUCCUGGGAACUUACCAGCGAUGCCUAGUAGAAAAGCCUCUGAGAACUUGAAGCAUAUUGUUAAUCAUGUUGAUGUUUUUGAGGAAUCUGAAGAACUUUCUUCCGAUGAAGAGAUGAAAAUGGCAGAGAUGCGGCCACCAUUAAUUGAAACCUCUAUCAUCCAGCCAAAAGUUGUAGCACUCAGUAACAAUAAAAAAGAUGAUACAAAGGAUACAGAUUCUUUAUCAGAUGAAGUUACACACAAUAGCAAUCAGAAUAACAGCAAUUGUUCUUCUCCAUCUCGGAUGUCUGAUUCAGUUUCUCUUAAUACUGAUAGCAGUCAAGACACUUCACUCUGCUCUCCAGUUAAACAAGCUCAUAUUGAUACUAAUUCCAAAAUCAGGCAAGAAGAUGAAAAUUUCAACAGCCUUUUACAAAAUGGAGAUAUUUUAAACAGUGCAACAGAGGAAAAACUCAAGGAUCAGGAUAAAAAAGAUUUUAACUUACCUGAAUAUGAUUUGAAUAUUGAAGAGCAGUUAGUUCUAAUUGAGAAAGGUGUUGACUCAACAGCUACAUCUGAUGAAUCUCAUAAAUUAGACCAUAUUAAUAUGAAUCUUAAUAAACUUGUAAUGAAUGAUACAUUUCAACCAGACAUGGUGGAAAGAUCAAAGACACAAGAUAUAAUGCUUGGAACAGGCUUUUUAAGCAUGUCUAAAGGGGAAGCUGAGCACUUGGAAAAUGGAAACAAGUAUUCUAACCUGAAAUCUAUAAAUAAGAUAAAUGGACAUUCUGAGGAAACUCCACAGUCUCCCAGUAGGACUGAGUCACAUGAUACCAGUUCUUCUGUUGACAUGGGUAUUUCCAAAAGCACUGAAGAUCUCUCCCCUCAGAGAAGUGGUCCAGUUGUAUCAGUUGUGAAAUCUCAUAGCAUAACUAACAUGGAGACUGGAGGUUUAAAAAUUUAUGACAUUCUUAGUGAUAAUGGACCUCAGCAGCCAAGUGCAACUGUUAAAAUCACAUCUGCCAUUGACGGAAAAAAUAUAGUCAGGAGCAAGUCAGCCACACUGCUGUAUGAUCAACCAUUGCAAGUAUUUACUGGGUCGUCGUCGUCUUCUGAUUUAAUAUCAGGUACAAAGACAAUUUUCACAUUUGAUUCAAAUCAUAAUCCUGAAGAGACGAAUAUUCUAAGAGGCCCUACCACAAGUGGCCCACAAUCUAUGCCUCCAGUGUAUGGUCCUCCACAGUAUAAUAUCCAGUACAGUAGCAGCGCUGCAGUCAAAGACACUCUGUGGCACUCCAAGCAAAAUCCCCAAAUAGACCAUGUCAGUUUUCCUCCUCAGCGCCUUCCUAGGUCAGAGAGCAUGGAAAAUCACAGUUAUGUUAAACAUCCUGCCAAUAUGAAUUUUUCUAACCAUAACAAUGUUCGAGCUAAUACUACAUACCAUCUACAUCAAAGACUUGGCUCAGCAAGACAUGGGGAAAUGUGGGCCAUCUCUCCAAAUGACAGACUCAUUCCUCCAGUAACUCGAACUACAAUUCAGCGACAAAGUAGUGUGUCCUCUACUGCCUCUGUAAAUCUGGGUGAUCCAGGUCCUGCAAGAAGGGCCCAAAUCCCUGAGGGGGAUUAUUUAUCAUACAGAGAAUUACAUUCAGUAGGCAGAACUCCUCCAAUGAUAUCAGGUUCACAGAGACCUCUUUCUGCACGAACAUACAGCAUUGAUGGUCCAAACGCAUCAAGGCCUCAGAGUGCUCGACCUUCUGUAAAUGAAAUACCAGAGAGAACUAUGUCAGUUAGUGAUUUCAAUUAUUCACGGACUAGUCCUUCAAAAAGACCAAAUGCAAGGGUUGGCUCUGAGCAUUCUUUAUUAGAUCCUCCAGGAAAAAGUAAAGUUCCUCAUGAUUGGCGAGAACAAGUACUUCGACACAUUGAGGCCAAAAAAUUAGAAAAGAGUAUGCUGUCAAGGUCCUUUAAUUCCAAUUUUACUGCAGUAAGCAGUUUUCACUAUGGCAGCUCUAGGGAUCUGCAUGGCAGCCAGGGCAGUCUUGCCUUGAGUGUUGCAGAUGGAAGAGGUUCUGGUGGGCACAUUUUUCGACAUUAUUUGUUUACCUUCUAUUUCUACCCCCCACCAAAGACAUCCAGUCCAGGAGAUCCUUGUCAAGAUGAAAUAUUCAUUUCAGGACAGCAGAAGUAUUCGUCAGCUACACUUAGUCACAAAGAUGUUCCUCCAGACAGCUUGAUGAAAAUGCCUUUGAGUAAUGGACAGAUGGGCCAGCCUCUCAGGCCUCAGGCAAAUUAUAGUCAUAUACAUCACCCCCCUCAGGCAUCUGUGGCAAGGCAUCCCUCUAGAGAACAACUAAUUGAUUACUUGAUGCUGAAAGUGGCCCACCAGCCUCCAUAUACACAGCCCCAUUGUUCUCCUAGACAAGGCCAUGAACUGGCAAAGCAAGAGAUUCGAGUGAGGGUUGAAAAGGACCCAGAACUUGGAUUUAGCAUAUCAGGAGGUGUUGGAGGUAGAGGAAACCCAUUCAGACCUGAUGAUGAUGGUAUAUUUGUAACAAGGGUACAGCCUGAAGGGCCAGCAUCAAAAUUAUUGCAGCCCGGUGAUAAAAUUAUACAGGCUAACGGCUACAGUUUUAUCAAUAUUGAACAUGGACAAGCAGUGUCCUUGCUAAAAACUUUCCAAAAUACAGUAGAACUCAUCAUUGUAAGAGAAGUUUCUUCAUAAGCACUGUGGACAAAAAAGAGGGGGGGGAAGGCAGCAAGAUUUAUGAGAAGAUACUUGCAAGGGAAAUGAAUAUUUUGACUAUUUUUAUAUAUAAAGAACUCAAAUUAUGUUCAAAUUUGUACAUUAAUGAAAUAAUGGAACUUGUGGUUAGAGGGAAAGAACCACUGUACAGAAUAUAAAGGAGACUGUUGAAUUCAUACCAUAUAAAUUUUGUUGUUAGGUUUUUAAGCAUAGCAAUCAAAGUUACAAAAACAAAUCUAUGUUGUUUUUGUAUAGAUUGUAGGUUUAUUUUUGGAUUUCAUACACAUGACUGAACUGUGUGCAAGGCAAUAGUUAGCCUUGAUUGUAGCCCAGAGACAGAUGGCAGAGCUAUCUAUCUCAUAGCUUUUAGGCCCUUAUUUUUAUUCAACUGGUAUUAAUGUUUUUCUGCUGAAACUACUUUUGAUGUGGCAAGAGAUUUGAAGUGUUGGCUUUUUGCUAUGUGCAUAUUGAGUUGAAGAGUGAGUAGGUGAAGGUGGUGCUGGUGGGUUCACUUUCCAAGGCCAGAUUAAAACAGUUAUUUCUUAGAAAAAUCUGGAAGCAAAGAAUGAAAAAAAACAAGUUUUUAUUAAUAGAAUAAUGCAAUAAAAUAUGUAAUGUCUUUUUAAAGUAAAAAAGACAAUAAUUGCAUUUUACGAGCUCUACAGAACUGGUUUUUGUCAUAGCCAUUGACUAUACAUUUGCUACUGGUGAUUCAAUUUUUAAUUUUUUAGUCACAGAAAAUUUUUAACUCAACUGCAGAUGGUGUCCAUGCAUUUUCUGUGCUAUGGAAAUCCCUUUUUCUUUUUUUUUUUUUGCAAAUGGUGGUACUUGUGAUCUGUUUUAUAUUUAGUACUCCAUUUUAAUCUAAUUUAUAAUUUUUAUUUUAAGCAGCAAAUGAAGCUAAAAUGGCCCAUUUUAAGUGUUGCCUAUAACACAAAAUGUAAGAAGGUUUAGGAAAGCCUCUUAAUUUUUGUAUAGCCUUGCAUUGCCUUGGUAAAGUAAAAGGAAAUAGUACGCAUGAGCUAGGAAACCAAAGCAAGUUUGUGAAACUGGCACAGUGGUGGAGGAGAGUUGUAGAGGAAAGGGACAUGGCCCUUGAGGCCAACCAGUGUGUAAAGGAGUUCAAAUAAAGGGCUGUUCCUACAGGUAACGUUAAAUGUGAACUUGACACUUCGGAGUCUUUAAAGGGUUUCUGAGUGUAUCAGUGUAAUAGUAUUUUACCACCAAUUGCCUUUGUUCCUAGUUACUGUAACAAAUAUUUGAUGAUAGAGGUUCAUUAAUUUUGUUUAUCCAGACCAUUAAUUUUAUUUGUUUUUGUUCUGUCUAUGUAAUCAGAUAAAAUUUGAGUAACAUGCAGUGGUAAGAAUGAAUGCAUGGUUAUUUGGACCAGGAAAAAAGUGCCAUAGAAGACCAAUAACUGUUUUUAGUUGAGGCUAGUCUGGAACCUUCCAUUAGAGCAAUAUUUAGUUAUUGCAAUUCAUUUUUACUUACUAAGAAAUAUAAUUUGGAAAUUUUUAUUCUGUUAUUUGUUCUUCAUCCUUGAUUUUAUGAAGUCUUUUAUAGGACUAGCUGAAACACCAACCUACAUUAUUUUUGCAAGAAGUGAGUUGGACUCACUUUCCAUUCUUGCUAGUCAGAGUAAAUAGGCAGCACUUUUAAAAAUAUGUGAACUCUCAAAUAUUGCACUUCUUUCAAGAUGUUAUCAAUUGGUUAUUGUACUGUAUAGUUUUAAAAUUUUUAAUUGAAACCCUUUAACAACUCUUUGUAAAUUUUAAUUCAUUUUAGUUGAUUUUCAGUACUAUUUACAUAGGAAUUGAUUUUUAUGGAUAUGUAGAAGAAAUGUGCUGUAUUUUGAUAAAAUUCACUUACUGUAUGUGUGUUGUAAUCUCAUAAAAAGAAUGACAGCUUCUUUAAGACAA